AGAUCUGACUAUAAUAUCGCCCGUAGGCUGCGGUCUGAUUCACGCUUAUAAAGUUGUAGCACAUCAUUCUAUCUUUAUUGUUCAUUACAUGCUUUAGAGAGAUAGAAUGACGUUUACAGCAUUGUAAAUGUGAAUCGGACCGCAAUCCGAACCUAGGAUAACAACAUGACAGCUUCAAACACUUGUCGGAACAAAAAUUAGCAGACGCCACGUUGCUUCGAUUUUAACGCGACUACUCAAAUCAUAGGACGACAGAAAACUCAAAAGAUGACCAGUGUAGAUUGGGAGGAAGUUAAAAGAUUAGCUGCCGAUUUCCAAAAGGCGCAGCUCAGCUCAACUUUACAGAAGCUUUCAGAACGAAACUGUAUAGAGAUUAUAACGACACUGGUAGAGAACAAACUCCUAGAUAUUAUAUUCACCAAUGACGGCAAGGAAUACGUUACUCCGCAGCAUCUAGGAAAAGAGAUCAAAGAUGAGCUGUACAUCCAUGGCGGAAAAGUUAGUUUAGUUGACUUGGCCCAAAUUCUUAAUGUCAGUCUAUCGCAAGUAACAAAAGUAGUAGCAGAGAUCGAGAAGCACAAUAAAGGAUUAAAAGUGAUAUUAGGGCAGCUUAUUGAUAGAAGUUAUCUAAAUAAAAUCGCAGAAGAGAUCAAUGAUAAGCUCGUACAGCACGGCUGUAUUAAUGUGGCAGAGUUGACGCUCACUUACGAUUUACCACCUGAAUUCUUGCAAUCGGUUGUCGAGAAGGAGCUUGGCAAGAUAAUACACGCGACUCAAGAUUCCCAAGAUCCUAGGGUCUUUUAUACAGACAGCUUUGUUGCUACAAACAGAGCAAAAAUCCGCGGCGCUUUGUCUGCCGUCACAAAGCCUACGCCGUUAUCCGCAAUAUUAGGACAAUGUGCUAUUCCAGAAAGGAUCUUUUUCUCAAUUCUAGAUGGUUUACAAGAAAUAAAACAGGUGCCCGGAGUUGUAACUGGAAAGCAGGGUGGAAAUAGCGUUUACAUACCCACCAUAUAUUCUAAAAGCCAGAAUGAUUGGGUGGAAAACUUUUACAAGCAAAACGGUUACUUGGAAUACGACGCGCUCGCAAGACUCGGCAUAUCAGACCCGUCGGGCUUCGUAAAGCGUCACUUUCCGAGUGAAAAUAUAGUUUUCCUAAAAUCCGUGGCUGUGGGAACAGUAAUAACGGAUCAAGUUGACGCCAACAUCGAGGAAGCCGUUGCGACCGGAUCCUUCGUUGACCUUUAUCCCGUCUUACCGUCCGUAUUCAGUGAUGAAGACGCGGAGAUUCUUCUCAAACAGGCAACGAAGAGAACAAAAGCCAACGUAUAUGUAUUCGUAAAGACGGUUGCGGUCUCCGACGCAUUCUUGCAAACUUUAAAUAAAGCCCUCGAGGUAAUGGCGGAGCAAAAGGCUAGAGAGAUCGUAGCUAGCGGAAAGUGGAUUCAAUAUGUGGCCGAAAAUAAAUUUAAGUCUAAAUCCGCCGACCUGAUAAUCGAGAAUAAGAUGAGUAAGAAGGAGGAACGUAGGAAAAAGGCAACGAUCGGUAAAGCGGGCGGUGGUAGCCAAGGCAGGGAGACCAAAACCAAGUCUACGAAGAAGAAGUAUCUUCAAGGGAAGACGCAGGAGAAUGAAUCCGACGAAGAGGAGAUUAGUCAGACUGCGGUCGGGAAGGCUGAAAUCAUGUUGAUAUCCGUGGAGGAUGUGAAGGCGGAAGUCGCGAAGGAUGAGAACGUAUCCGUGAUCGAAGAACUGGCGGACGAGUUGGCCCACCAUUUGCAGCCGAAGCUAAACAAGUCGGCGUUGUCGUUGACCGAGCAACUGGCGCAAAGCAACAAGACGACCAACUUGAGCGAGGUCGAGGAACGUCUGAAUGUUCUGAUAACGAACGUCAGAAUAUUCGACAAGGGUGUCAAACAGCUGGACAAGGCGGAUCAGGCUCCCCUGAUGAAGUAUUUGCUGAAGUCGCUGGGCCUGGACUUCGUCACGCGUAUAUUCAAGCUGGCGGCUCAGCAGAAUAUGCUGCAGGUCGGCGAGAACCUCACGACGGAGGCGAGGCAAAAAUUGUUGCUGGAAUUACCGGCGGACGUGAAGGAGCCGUUAACCGCUAUUCACAAGGCGAUAAUGGGAGACACGGUGGAAGACUUUCUGAACACCGUCGACGGUGCAAUGGCAGCUUGCUGCUUAGUCUUAAAGAAGUACGAUAAGAAGAAGGAGAGGCCGCAGGUGCUCGCUCACAGGGAGGCUCUGUUGGAGGAACUCAACUCCACGCAAGAUCCCGCACUGACGUUGCACCUAGUCACGAGCGUGCUCUUCACUGCUGUUACGCAAAGCGCUCUACACAUGUCCGGCAGACACGUGUCGUCCGUACUGGCGUUUCUGCGCAAACACUUGGAACCCCACACGGUGUCGACUCUGUCUCGAUACCACGAUCUGGUGCUGAAUUUGCUAAGUGCCUCUGAUGAGAGCGCAAAGAUGGACGCCUCGAAGGCCUUGGAAGAAGGUUUAGCAGAUGUCAAAAGUAUAGCUAACAAUUUUAAGCAACACGUAAAAAUGGACAAGCCUUGAGGGAGAUUACACAACUAGCUUUAUGCACGAAGACUUGGGGAAUUUUUAUUAAUUUUGGUAACAGCUUCUUUCGAAGCCAAAUAUCUCAAUCUGCUCGAAAUUGUACUUUUAAUGCGAACGUAGUCAAAUUUAUACUGAGACUAGUAUUUGCCGCACAGAGAAUCAAUGUCGUAAGAAAUUCGAAGUUUGUUCAAAGUAAUGAAACUUUAUCAAGUCCCUAUGUAACUUAGACGAGUGUAAAAUAGCCUAAGUUUACAAUAGGCAUUCCUUGUAAAUCCUUAUUCUUUUAUAAAAUAUAAGAUGUAUUAAUAAUUUUAAAGGUAUCUUUUCUAAAUAAAGAUUAAUUUAUUAA